AUGUGAAGAUACACAGUGAAGACAUAACAUAAUCCUAACACAGCAAAGCCUAGACUUGAAACUAACGGUGUCCCGACAUCCCGGGGACUAACGUAUAAAAAUUGCUACUGGGACACAAAGAUGAUGUGUUUGGGAAAUUCCGGGACAGCAAAAAAAAAAAAAAAAAAGUCAAAGCAUUAUCGAAAUGGGUGUUAUUUACAACAUCAUUACGUAUGGAUAUCUAGAUGUCGCUUUUGUCGCUUGAAUAAGUAAAAACAGCAAAAAUACAGUGGAUUUUGCUGCAUCUGAUCUGGCUCCACACGUGCACGCAUGCAUACACACGGAACUCAACUCACUGCAUGACGGUCACGCUGGGUGCCACUCGCCAGCUAUGCUCGCCACUCCACAUCAGAGCACAGAACCUAGCAAUGCUGAGAUGGUUGAAACAACUGAUGCAAGCUCCUCCAGUGCCGCUCCAGUUGGAGUAGGAUGCGACACUUGGCGUCGGGACUCUGAAGACGAUGUUUCAUCUGUUUCUGCCCCUGUGAGGGAUGGACUGACAUUGCAGAUGGUGUCAGAUGGACUGCAGAAGACGACCCUGGCUCUUGUAGCCAUGCAGAAGUUUUUCCGCAUCCUACACCUCAAAGAAUUCUUCCAAGACAAGCAGAGGGAGAACUCUCCCCAUGUGGUCAGCAUUCAAGACACCCACGGGGCGGCCCCCACCAGCGGCACAGGGACUAGGGACGACCUGAACACCACCCAGCGCACCUCUACUUCAGAGACAGUCCCAGGUCAGCAUCUGAAGCAGUUCCUGGAUGAAGUGGGACCUUUUCCCGGAAACACCUUCUCUGGUGUAAAACUCAGCAGGAAACAAGUGGAUGAUGAUGACUUCCACAAAGUGAAAUAUAAACUAAUCAAUGGCUUCUGUGACAACCUCACCAUGCGGUUUGUCAAUCUUGAUAUGGGUGUCUUGAAGGCCGCUGCCACCAUGUUUGACCUAAGCAACUAGCCUGAAGACAUCACUGACCUGGCCACCUUUGGCCUGGCCAAUGUUGAGACUUUUGUCACUCACUUUCAGAAAACUGAUGGGUUACAGGGAGCUUUGUGUAAAACUGUAUUCCCGAACGGUCAAUCUAAGUAACAAAACUUUUGAAAAAGCCAAAUGAAUUGAGAUCUGUCAUUUUUUUAGAACUCAACUAUUAGGGUUUCCAAUCCUUUUUUCCUGUU